GUGCUGGCCGUGGGCAGCGCAGUCUUCGAUGCGAUGUUUAAUGGUGGGAUGGCCACAACUUCUACAGAGAUUGAGCUGCCUGAUGUGGAGCCUGCUGCCUUCCUGGCUCUGCUGAAGUUUCUUUAUUCAGACGAAGUUCAGAUUGGACCAGAGACUGUUAUGACAACACUUUACACAGCUAAAAAAUAUGCAGUUCCAGCCCUUGAAGCUCAUUGUGUGGAAUUCCUCAAAAAAAACCUCCGAGCAGACAAUGCAUUCAUGCUGUUAACACAGGCAAGACUGUUUGAUGAGCCUCAGCUGGCCAGCCUUUGCUUAGAGAACAUAGACAAGAACACAUCAGAUGCCAUCAAUGCAGAGGGGUUUACAGACAUUGAUCUGGACACUCUGGUUGCAGUGCUGGAGAGGGACACCCUGGGGAUCCGGGAGGUGCGUUUGUUCAACGCGGUGGUUCGCUGGGCAGAGGCCGAGUGUCAACGGCAGCAGCUGCAGGUGAUUCCAGAGAACAAGAGGAAGGUGCUGGGCAAAGCACUUUCCCUUAUCCGCUUCCCAUUGAUGACUAUUGAGGAGUUUGCAGCAGGGCCUGCCCAGUCGGGAAUCCUGACGGACCGGGAGGUGGUGAGCCUGUUCCUGCACUUCACCGUCAACCCGAAGCCGCGGGUGGAGUUCAUCGACCGGCCGCGCUGCUGCCUGCGGGGGAAGGAGUGCAGCAUCAGCCGUUUCCAGCAGGUGGAGAGCCGCUGGGGGUACAGUGGGACUAGUGACAGGAUAAGGUUCUCAGUAAACAAAAGGAUAUUUGUAGUUGGGUUUGGAUUAUACGGAUCCAUACAUGGGCCAACGGAUUACCAAGUAAAUAUACAGAUCAUCCACACAGACAGCAACACGGUGCUGGGGCAGAACGACACGGGGUUCAGCUGUGACGGAUCCUCCAACACUUUCCGCGUCAUGUUCAAGGAGCCUGUUGAGAUUCUACCCAACGUCAACUACACAGCAUGUGCUACCCUCAAGGGUCCAGAUUCCCACUAUGGAACCAAAGGACUUCGCAAAGUGAUCCAUGAAUCACCCACAACAGGAGCCAAAACCUGCUUCACGUUCUGUUACGCGGCCGGAAACAACAAUGGCACGUCCGUGGAGGAUGGACAAAUCCCAGAGAUCAUCUUCUACACAUAGUGCAGC